CUUAUUUUGGAGUGCAGGUUCCUUUACGUCACUUGUGAUUACGCAUAGCAGGAGGCUAGCAGCUACAUCUAUUGUCAGUUCAAUUUCCACAGUAAACACACAACAAAAACAUGUCAGAUACGGAGACCAAACCAUCCAGCCAAGACGGAGGGGACAAGAAGGAUGGAGAGUACAUCAAACUCAAAGUCAUCGGACAGGACAGCAGUGAAAUCCACUUUAAGGUGAAAAUGACGACACAUCUAAAAAAGUUGAAGGAGUCUUACAGCCAGAGGCAGGGUGUCCCAGCAAGCACGCUACGGUUUCUGUUUGAAGGCCAGAGAAUCGCAGACACCCAGACUCCUAAAGAGCUGGGGAUGGAGGACGAGGACGUCAUCGAGGUGUAUCAAGAACAGACCGGUGGACUUUGGAAUGAUUAAACUUCAGGCAACUUUUUUUUUUCAUAUUUUGUAUUUUAUUUUGUAUGUAUGUACUUUUGUUGUGUUUCCAAUCAUCUGGAUGAAAGUGACUCUUAUCAGGGCUUCCAUGAUUGUGGACAGACUGAGGUAAGGAUGGACAGGAGGACACGCAGGGAUGAUCACAUCCAAACCACACACCAGGACUUAACGGGCAAAUGUCGUCUUAUUUUGUUUUUCUCUCAUUUCUGAUUUCAUCAAAAUAAUUUUUAGUGCUCUGUAUUAAAGGAAUAGUUGAGUCAAAAAUGAGAAAGCUGCCGGUGCCACGCUGCAGCCAAGAGUUCAUCCACACAGAGUGGGCGGGGCUUAGGGUGAGUUACACAAAUAUUUGGCAGCACAUCUGCAGAGUGAAGGUGCUCAGAAAAAUCUCAGUAAGUGAGUAAACUAUCCUUUUGGGAAUGA